UUAUACAUGUCUAUGUGGGUGGGUGUCGGCCAUUGGGUGAUGACGAUAUGAACUCGUUACUAUAUUUAGUACUUGUUUAUCGUUAGUUAUAACAUAGAAUUCCUUAGUUAUAAGUUUUAACUUCUAACUACUACGAUAAUAGUAUUACUAUAUUUUAGUUCAUACUUAUAAUAGUGAGAAGUGACGAUUAUAUUUUAAUAUCGUAAUUUAUUAAUUUGUAAUAUUAUAGUUACUUGAGUUACCAUUAGAUAUUUAGAUAUUAAUGAACUAAUUACUAUUAACUGACAUUUAUGCUACAGUCUUAUUAUACUUCGAACAUUUUUUGGAAUUACAUUAAUUAGUAUUAUUAAAAUCCAUUUAACUGAAUAAUUUUAAAAGUUUUUGAGUAUUAAUUCAAAAUGUGUUCAAUAUCAAAUAAAAUGUGGAAAAAUGCAUUAUGUGUGUGGGAAUUCAGCCGUACAAAAAAUGUUACUAUGAUCAGUCGACUAUGUACAGCACCAAUUACAAACUCUGAACAGGAUGACGAUAAAUCAUUAACUAAAGAAAAGGCUCACACGUUAGUAAUGAAUUUGACAAACGAAGAAAGAGACAAUUUGGCAUGGUGCUUAAAUCAUUACGAAUCGGAAGAAACCAAAGCAGAAUAUCGAGGUCAAUUGGCCGGGUUCAGAUGGCGUUCAAAGUUUGGUCGCCCCAGUAAAGUACCUGAACUAGGAGAUGUAGAUCCAACAGGCUCUUACUGUCCAUUGCCAGAAGAAUGGCUAUUAAAAAAAUACGCGGAAACUGUACCAGAACCAACUAGAGCACAAUUAUUUAGAGUGGGAUUGCAAAAUGCUAUUCCUUUUAUUAUGUUUGGAUUUUUGGACAACUCAGUGAUGUUAAUAUGUGGUGAAUCAAUUGAAAGAACUGUUGGUGCUGUAAUUACUAUAUCGACAAUGGCUGCAGCUGCAAUUGGUAAUACUUUCUCUGAUAUUCUUGGAAUUGGGUCUUCAUAUUAUGUGGAACAAUUGGUAAUCAAACUUGGUUUAAAACCUCCGAAUCUAACACCAAUUCAAUUGGAUAUGAAUUGUAGUAGACGAGCUGCUAAUUUAGUAAGGGAAGAACGCUUGGAGUUACUCUAGGUUGCUUUUUGGGGAUGUUUCCUUUACUAUUAAAAAAAGAUGAAGAAUCUAAGGAUGAAAAGUCUGUCGAGGAAGAAGAUGAAAAAUAAAAAAAUAUUUAUUUUCACAGGUUAUAAAUAACUUUUAUUCUGACUGAUUCCUUUAAAUAAUUAUAAUAUAGAACAUAAUAUAAUAUACCCAGUGUAAUUAUUAGCAGUCAUUAUAUUCUUUGAUAUUUACUUUUAUCUGAGCGUUAAGAAUUAAUCUUAUUUUAGCAUCUGUUCAAUUUAAAUGUACUGCUUUAUUUCAAAUUACUAAACUGUAUUGUUUGUAACAUAGUUAAAUAUCUAUGUUUAUUAUUUUUAGGUGCUCUAUAUAUUUUAUACAUAGUUAAUUAUUUAUAGUUAAUACUAUUUAUUAGUUUUUAUUAUUUUAUUAGUGUAUUCUAUAUUUACUGUUUAUUUAUAAUUAUUUAUACUAUUUUACAAUGUAUUUUUACCCAAAAAAUAAACUAUAAAUAUUGAUUUCUUCAA